GGGCUCGCAGCGGCGGUAGCGACCGAGCUGGUGCCCCUGCUGACGAACGGGUCGCCCGCGCCGGCGGUGGCCGCGGUGCUGCUGGAGAGGCUGCCCUCUGCAGCUGGGGCCGCGGGCCCCUCCGAGGCGGCGCCGCCGCCCGUGGCUGGCCCAGCCUUAGAGCCUGAGCAAGGCUCAGGCAUGCUCCUGGCCUGGAGUGUGGCGGUCUCGGAGCUCGUCGUGCUUGUCUGCUGCUGCGCCGCUGCCCGCCUCCGACGCCAUGCUGGUGUCUCGCCGCCGCCGUCGUGGGACGGGCGUGAUCUGGUCGGAAGUGCCCGCCGCCGAGGUGGAGGCGUGGUGCGCUGCGGUGCGCUGAGCUCCGACCGGGCUUGA